UGUCAUUUCCGUGCAUUAUGUUGUAUUCCGUGAUCGUUUGUAAGAUGGUGGAUUUUGUGCGUGGUCGUCAACAAUUUAUAUAAUUAUAUAAAAAUUCCACUUGCAUUGGUAUAUUUUGUACAGAUUCUGAAAUGGGCUCUCCAGACUGUGAUUCUGAAGAUUCUACCGAGAUGAUGAAGGACAAGAGAAAGGAUCUGAAUGCAGAUAUUUCCAAAAAGAAGAGGAAAAAGAAGCACAAACAUCAUCACCAUAAACAUAAAAAACAUUGUUUAUCCGAUAAACAUGAAAGGAAACACCAUAAAAAACGAAAACACAGAAAAGGGAGUGAAAAUGGUGAUGUGUCCCAUGUGGAUGUUAACAAAAGACCUGAUAAACCAAAGGAUAAUAUUUCAAUAAAGAUUUCAGCUGGGAGCUCGAAAAGAGAAGUGAAAGAGGAGGUUAAAGUAAGAAAUACUGAAAAACACGUAGGUAAUUGUAAGGAUGUUGUUUUAAAUGGAAAAGGAGUGCAGAAAAUAGAACCUGAACAGAAGAAAAAUGAACCAGCAGAUAAUUCAAAAUUCCCAGUUGAUGAAUCAUCUGAAUCUGAAGAUGAUGUCAAAGCAAAGGAAAGUGAUUCAGAUAUUGAAGUAGCUGUGAUUGAGGAUGACAUUGAUUUGGAAGAUCUUAUGCGCCAGAAGGCACUUCUCCAGGCCAGACUAGGUGCAUAUAUGUCAGAAGCUGAUGAUGAUGAUGACAGUGAUAAUUGUAAUGCUGGUAAACAAGCUACCAAGCCUGUUCCUGAAGUCAUUAAUUUGGUGGAUGAUGAUUCAGAAGUGGCUCAAGAAACUCCUAGGAGAAGGCAUGAAAAGAGAAAAAGAAAACAUAGUCGGAGUAGAAGUAGAGAACAGGGGCAGGUGAGGAUUGAACCAGACACCAAUGAUGAAAGAAGGAAAGGCACUAAAGAUGAACGGGACAAGGAUAAAGAUCGAGACAGGAAACGAGGAACAACAGAACUGUCACGAGAUUUAAGGAAACCAAGGGAAAGUGACAGAGAUCGGGAACAUGUACACCAUAACCGAGAAGAGAAAUCAGGAUAUCACCGAUCACAGAAUGAUCGAAGUGGUCGGCGUGAAUUGCCUGGUGAGCUGAAAAGGAAGGAAGAUAUCCAGCGGAAGUAUGGAGAAAGUAGGGAUUCUCAGAGAAAAAUACCUAGCCGAAGCAGGACACCUCUUGUGACUACUGUAUCACGUUCAUAUAGCCGAAGUCGUGAUGCAGACAACCAACGAAAUGAGAGUAGGUCCAGAGAUACUGAAAGGGAGAGAGAGAGGGAUAGGAUAGAACGACAAAGAGAGAGAAACAGGCGGUGGCCAUCUGCAAGAUCACGGUCACCUCGAGGUAGAGACAAGGAAAGAGAUCGUGACAAGGACCGGGAUCGACAGCGGUGUUCUCGUCAUGGCAGAUCUCAGAAUAAAGGAAGAAGUGGAGAGAAGGGUGAUAUUUUUAAGGACAGUCUUUCUGAAGGUUUGAAAGCUGAAAAGUCUUCAUCCUCAUCGUCAGAAGAAAUUGAAGAUAUUAAUAUUGAGGAAGACGAGGAUGAAGAACAAAUUAUUCAGAAGAGACGUAAGCAGCGAGAAGAACUUCUUAGGAGACUGGGAGCCGGAAAUGAAGACUCAAAUAUGUCAACUGUGAAUCUGUCAGAACGAAGCAGUCCCUCAGAACGGCCUACUACGGUAUCAGAUGAUAAUAGUGUAAAUGGUCAGUUGUUAGAGUAUAAUGAAACCAGUCAGCCUAAAGAAAUGGAUAAAGAUGUUGCAGAGAAAGGAAAAUCAAGAUUCAGUUCUCAUGAGACAGCUGAUGAUGGGAAAGAAAAGUCCAGUAAACAAGAAAAGCGAGAACGCAAGGAUGGAAAGAAGAAUGAAUGGGAUAUGUUUGCAGAAGCUGACACUUUGGAAGAGUACAAUAGUCCAAGCACUGUGGACAAACUGCAUGGUGGUCCUGAAAAUCCGAAUCUCACAGAUAACUGGGAUGAUGCUGAAGGUUAUUAUCGUGUUCGUAUUGGAGAAGUAAUGGAUGGACGUUACGUGGUGUAUGGUUAUACUGGCCAGGGAGUUUUCUCUAAUGUGAUUAGGGCCAGAGAUGGAGCAAGGGGUAAUCAGGAUGUGGCAGUGAAGAUUAUUCGCAACAAUGAAAUCAUGCACAAAACUGGAUUGAAAGAGUUGGAGAUUUUAAGACGUCUCAAUGAUGCUGAUCCUGAUGAUAAAUUUCAUUGUCUGAGACUAUUCCGACACUUUUUUCAUAAGAACCACUUAUGUAUGGUUUUUGAGCCUCUGAGUAUGAAUCUACGUGAGGUUCUGAAGAAAUAUGGGAAGGAUGUUGGAUUACAUGUGAAAGCUGUGAGAUCAUACAGUCAGCAGUUGUUUCUGGCUCUGAAGCUGUUGAAGAAGGCUAAUAUUCUUCAUGCAGAUAUCAAGCCAGAUAACAUUUUGGUCAGUGAGAAUAAACUCGUUCUCAAACUUUGUGAUUUUGGAUCAGCAUCACAUGUGGCUGAAAAUGAGAUAACCCCCUAUCUAGUGAGCCGUUUCUAUAGGGCUCCAGAAAUAAUUUUAGGCAUUCCGUAUGAUUUUGGUAUUGACAUGUGGUCUGCUGGUUGUACCAUUUAUGAACUGUAUACUGGGAAAAUAAUGUUUUCUGGAAAAACCAAUAAUCAGAUGUUGAAGUAUUUCAUGGAUUUAAAGGGGAAGAUGCCAAAUAAAAUUAUAAGGAAGGGAUCUUUCAAGGAACAACAUUUUGACACCAACUGCAAUUUUUUAUAUCAUGAAGUUGAUAAAGUUACGGAAAGGGAAAAAGUAGUAGUUAUGUCAACAUUGAACCCAUCCCGAGAUCUGCUGUCUGAACUGGUUGGCAACCAGAACCUUCCAGAGGAUCAAGCCAGGAAAGUCAAUCAGCUCAAGGACCUUUUGGAGAGAAUUCUGAUGUUGGACUCCUCAAAACGCGUUGCAAUCAACCAGGCCCUGACGCACGCCUUCAUCCAGGAGAAGAUAUGAGCUGCUGACUUUUGAGAUCAAGGGGUUAAAGUUAUUGAGAGAGGUAACUAGUGGUCUCAGGAGUGCCUCCAGCGGGGAAGUGUUGCUAAGCUAGUUCAUAAGAUGUUGCGUGGUCUUAACAUACUUUAUGCUCUUUGAUACUUGGUAGAGAAGUGGGGCCACAACAUUUAUUUUAUUCAAACUUAAUUUGCUGUAAAACUUUGAAAUAUUUAAUUCACAAGCAAAAAGCAGUGAAAUAUGAGACUUUAUUUUAUAUCAUAAUAUAAAUUAUGACAUAAGUCAUGGUUUGCAUUUAAAGAAGUGGAACCCUGAGGUACACUCUGUACGUAAUGUCAUUAGUGAGUACAAGCGGGACAAUAUCUGAUCUUCAUGUAAUUUUACUAUUUAAUUUUCUGGUCUUGUUUAAGAUGAGAAAUGAAUACAUUAAGUUUAUUGAUACUUAUGUGUGAAUGUUAUUCCGCACUAUAUUUGAUUUAUUUAAUGAUGAAAAAUGAUAGUAAAAGCUAUAAAAAAUAAUUUGUUUAGUAAUUUCUUUGUCAAGUGUCCAUUAUUUUAAAAUAAUAAAUAGUAAUAUCCUUGGAACAUUUUAGAUCUCUUUUAAUACCAUUAGUUUACCUUCUGAACAGCCAAAAUGUGUAAUGAGAUAAUGUGGUAGGAGGAAGGGAAAGUUGAAUGACUGAUGUGGGAAAACAUGUAAGUUGUGAAAGCAGUGACUGAAGGGAUUAUUAGUCCACUUUUACAUCAAGGACACCCACUGCACUGUAUUGUUUAAAAUGUUGCUAUGCUGGCAAGACAUUCAGGAGCAGUUGUUAUAUUCUGGUCUGAAUAUAACAAGUUCGUGUUGUGACAUGUUUUGUUUCAUACUUCCAUUUUGUUACUCAUCCAAGAAAUGUCAAUACUUGAAUAUUCUUCAUUGGGUUUUUAAAGAGUAGUGGGAAUUUCCAGCACAUUUAUCCUGAGUAUCCUUACACCCAUUCCUUCUGUUCCAGUAGAUCUACUGUAAAAUAGGGGUAAUGUCUGUGAUGGAUUAGCCUUAAGCAUAUAAAUGGAUUAAAAUAAGUCACUGAUGUUUUUUAAUGUAAUAAAGCAUGAUUAAGCAUAUGAA